AUGUCUGGAGCUGCCGCCCUGUCCAAGUUUGGGCAAUACAUCGAAGCAUACAACCAGCACGACAUCGAUUGCGUGCUCUCGUUUCUGGCCGACGACAUCCAAGUCUUCGUCAACGAUGACCUGGCAGCCGAGGGAGCAGAAGCACUGCGGCCAAGCUAUGUGUCCGACUUCGAUGAAAAGAAGAAGGUGACAGUUGUCAAGGAUCCUUCGAUUGUGAACGAAGACGAAGUGUCGGCAACAGUAGCCGUGACGCUGAACACAGGCAAAGUUCAGCUGGAUGUCUUGUACGUAUUCCGACUGCCAGAUCUGAAGCAAGUUAAGCACAAGCUGUCGAACAUUGUGAACCUGGACUGA